AUGACAAAUUUUCUUGAGGAUGUCAACUUUGUGGAAAUGUCUCCGGAAGAUUUCCCGCAUACACAUGAUGAGGAGGCUAUUGAUCUGCAGACAUUUGUUCAAUUAAUGGGUCAAUUCUACGAAAAUGGAUGGAUGAAAGGAACUGGAGGAGCUCUAGGUUGUAUCGCUAAGGAUAAACUGUUUAUUUCACCAUCAGCACUGCAGAAGGAAAGAUUGAAAACGUCAGAUAUAUUCGUCUACGAUUUACGGAGUAAAAUACAAGUACAGCGGCCUAUACAGGCGAAAGUGGACGUAUCUUCGUGUUCUGUACUUUUCUCGUUGAUAAUGAAACAAACAGGAUCAAAAUGCGUUAUACACACCCAUGGAAAAGCCGCAAAUCUUAUGACACAAUUGUUAAAAUGUAAAGAUGUAUUCGAAAUUUCACAUCAAGAGUACAUAAAAGGAGUUUAUGAUCCAUUCACUGGAAAGAAUCUCAACUAUGAGGACACCUUAACGAUUCCAAUUAUUGAAAAUCAACCUAGAGAGAAUGAACUUACGCCAGCUCUGGAAGAGUGCUUGAAGACUCAUCAACGUUCCUGUGCUGUUCUAGUCCGUAAUCAUGGACUUUUUGUUUGGGGUUUAACAUGGGAAAAAGCUAAAAUUAUGACAGAGUGCAUCGACUACCUCUUGGAUCUCGCCAUCGAUAUGAUUCGACAUGAUAUUCCGCUGGUGAAAGACAUCACUAUGGAAAAGUCUGUAAAUCCUGACGAAGACUAUCGUCAUAUCUUCUAUUCGCAGUAA